AUGGAUCAUAAAGGCAACAUCGUUAUGAUGGGUGACAGGUAUGAAACAAGCGGCCACAAAAUGCCGUAUUUCCGCCCGUGGUUUGAGGAGACUCUUGGGGUGGACUUAGAUUUUAUGAAACCAAGCCAAAGGAUCGGUGAUAUAGGAAUCCCACCACCUAUCGAAAACGACCAGAUUUACGACGAGCUCCUCUGCGCCGACAUUUCGUUCUCAAACGCGCCCUUGAUUAGACUUAUGCGUGGGCACGGGCAUACGCUUCACGAAAUAUUUUAUCUGCGUCACGGAAAAUUUCCACGGCUGCCGGAUAUUGUCGUAUGGCCGCGAAGUGAAGAAGAUGUGAUGAAGGAGGAGAGGCCGGACACGCGACGAGAUUAUCAAUUGGCGAUGGAAAAGAACUGCGCAAUUAUCCCAAUCGGAGGUGGGACUUCCGUGUCAAGUGCUCUUGAAUGUCCUGCAGCAGAGCGACGAGCUGUGAUCUCAUUGGACAUGGCUCUGAUGGACAAGAUUAUCUGGAUCGAUAAGGAGAACCUGACAUGCAGAGCGCAG